AUGGCUGCCAUCCAGGACGAGGCGCGGCGAGGAGGAGAGGCGGGUGAGGACGCGGAGGACACACAGGACACGGAACUCGCUCAAGCGCUCGCCCUUUCGCUCGAGAGCCCGGGUCCGCCCUCGCGCUUUGGCGCUCUUGCGGACGGCGCCGAGGGCGGCGCCCAGACCGCUGAAGACGAGAGCUUACAGCAGGCCCUGCUGCAGAGCAUGGAGCAGCCCGGGCCGCUCGACGAAGACGCUGCCCUCGCGGCGGCGCUGGCGGCCAGCAUGCAGGACGCAGGCCCGGCCGUGGCCGCGGGUUACGACGACAGUGAGCGCGAGCGGCAGGAGCUCGACCACGCCCUCGCCCUCAGCCUCAGCGACCCGGCGGCCGAUCCCGACGCCGCCGCCGCCGCCGCCGCCAACAACAACAACAACACCGCCGCCGCCGCCGCCACCGCCGCCGCCGGCGCAGCCUCGAGCAGCGGCGGAGCGGUGGAGUCGCAGAGUGAGCGGGAGCAGAGGGAGCUGCGAGAGGCGCUGGAGGCGGCAGAGGCGGCGGACGAGGCCGAGGCGCUGGAGCUGGCGAGCCGGCUCGAGCGCGAGGAGCGCGAGGCGGAGGAGAGGCGGCGGCAGCAGGUCCGUCAGCAGGAGGAGGCGGACCAGGCGCUCGUGGCGGAGAUGUUUGCGACGGACGAGGCGGCGAGGGCGAGGCGCGACGAGGAGAGGGCGGCGGCGGCGCUCGACGAGGAGAGGGCGGCGCCGCUGGACCUUGACGCCCUCGUCGCACUUUCGCUGCAGAGAGAGGAGGACGAGUCGGGCGGCGGCCGCGAGGAGGCGGAGAGGCGGCGAGCGCAGGAGGAGGCGGACCACGCGUUUGCGGCGGAGCUGAUUGCGAAGGAGGAGAGUGCGGCGGAAGGCGAGGCGGCGGGCGAGGAGUGGGACGCACAGCUCGCGGCGUCGCUGCAGGAGGAGCAGGAGGAGCCGCGCGCCAACCAAGGCGUUCCGAGGGAGCCGCAGCCAGGUGCAGACACCAGGAGCGCCUCGGCCUCCGCCUCCGCCUUUGGCGGCGGCGGCGGCGCGGCGGCGGGAGGGGGCGGGGGCGGGUACGAGAAGUGGAUGGUCAUCAUCGACGGGCUCAACGUCGGGCGGGCGCACGGCUCGGUCGGCUGGAAGAGCCCGCUCGUGCCCGCGGCGGAGAUCUCUGCGUCGGGGCCGCUGUGGAAGAAGCCAAUCUGCGGGCAAGCGAUCCUGCAGUCCGUCAACGACGUGAUGGCCAAGGGGCACGACGUCAAGGUCUUUCUUCCCCAGUGGGACGGCUCUCCCAUGCUCGAGCUCACGCCGUCGAUGGCGAGCGACGACCACUUCUUCCUCGAGUUCGCGACGCGGUACGAGGCGGAGGGCGACUACCCCGUGCGCGUGCUCUCCAACGACCACUUCCGGAAGGAGGUGGAGCAGGGCAACAUCUCAGCAGGCUGGCGGGACGAGCACACGAUCAAGUACAAGUUCAUGCACAUGCCUCGGAGCGGGCUCAGGCUCUCCACCGCACCCACCCUCCCGGGGUGA